AUGCCGCUGAUCGCACAAAAUCCCCAGCCUCGAGUCAUCCUCGGCUUGAUGACCUUUGGCCCAACCGAGUCCAAGGGAGCCCGUAUCACUUCUCUCGACGAGUACAACAAGUGCCUGGACUACUUCCAGCAGCAGGGCUUUAACGAAGUUGAUACUGCCCGGAUCUACGUCGAUGGCGAGCAAGAGGCAUUCACGGCCAAGGCCAACUGGAAAGAGCGCGGUCUGACCCUCGCGACGAAAUGGUACCCGCAGGUAGCUAGUGCUCAUAAGCCUGCCGUGGUGCGCGAGAACCUCGAGCUGUCUUUAAAGGAGUUGGGUACCAAUCAGGUUGAUAUAUUCUAUCUACAUGCACCGGAUCGUUCGGUUCCCUUUGCGGAGACCUUGGAGAUGGUCAAUGAGCUGCACAAGGAGGGCAAGUUCGUGCAGUUUGGCCUGAGCAACUACACUGCCUUUGAAGUGGCAGAGAUUGUUAUCACCUGUACGGAGAGGGGCUGGGUGCGUCCCACAAUCUUCCAGGCCAUGUAUAACGCUAUCACCCGUAAUAUUGAGACUGAGCUGGUCCCCGUUUGCCGGCGCUACGGCCUUGACAUUGUGAUCUACAACCCUCUUGCCGGAGGACUGUUCUCUGGAAAGUACAAGACCAAGGACGUUCCCGCCGAGGGAAGAUAUAGCGACAAGAACGGCACCGGAAACAACUAUCGCAACCGGUACUUCCGAGACGCUAACUUCGAAGCCCUCAGCAUGAUUGAGCCUGUUGUUGAGAAGCACGGCUUGACGCUAAUUGAGACAGCCUUGCGGUGGGUGCGCCACCACUCGGUCCUGAAGAUGGACAAUGGAGGCCGCGACGGUGUCUUGGUUGGAGUCAGCAGCUUCUCUCAGCUCGAGACCAACCUGAAUGACCUCCAGAAGGGUCCUCUGCCGGAUGAAGUUGUGGAAGCUUUGGAUAAGGCCUGGAUGGUUGCCAAGCCUUAUUCUCCAAACUACUGGCACCUGGACCUGAAGUACACUUAUGACACUCAGGAAGCCUUGUUCAAGCCGAAGCCCAAGGUGUAA